GCCCCCUCCCGGAUCUGUGCUCCAGUUCAGAGAAAGGAGAAAAUGUGUGUGUGUGGCGAGGGGGAGGGCGAGCACUGAGCAGCCGCGGCGCGCCUGGCAAUCGGGCCGGGUGGGCGUCCGGCGGAGGCGGGGGCGGAGGCGGGGAGCGCGCGGCGGCCGGCUGCCCGGUUUGCGAGCGAGCCGAGUGGGCGCGGGCAGGCCGAGGGCGCCCGGAGCCGAGUCAGGCGGCGGCGGCGGCGGCGGCGAGGAGCGGGCGCGCCGGGCGCGCUGAGCCGUCGGCGGUCGCUCGCUGCGGGGCCGCCUCGGUGGAUGAGCUCGGGCCGCUGGGCGCACAGCCUUGGGCAGCGUCGGCGGCGGCGCCUGGAGGGCCGCGCGCUCUCCGAGAAGGCGGCGUGUGAGCGCGGCGGGGCGCGGCGGCCUUUCCUCGCGCGUCCCAGGCUCCCGGCCCCGCUCGUUCCCGGCCCGCCUGGGCUGCGGGCCCGGCCGCCUCCUUUACCGCGGCUCCCCUGAGCUCGUCCCUGACGCGCGCCCGGGCGGCGGGGCUCCGCGGCCGCCGCUGCCUCGGGGGAGCGAGGGCGGAGGGCGUGUGUGCGCGCGUGUGAGCAGGGCGCCGGCGGGGCUGCAGCGAGGCACUUCGGAAGAAUGACUCUGGAGUCCAUCAUGGCGUGCUGCCUGAGCGAGGAGGCCAAGGAAGCCCGGAGGAUCAACGACGAGAUCGAGCGGCAGCUGCGCAGGGACAAGCGCGACGCCCGCCGGGAGCUCAAGCUGCUGCUGCUGGGGACAGGGGAGAGUGGCAAGAGCACCUUCAUCAAGCAGAUGAGGAUCAUCCACGGGUCGGGCUACUCUGACGAAGACAAGCGCGGCUUCACCAAGCUGGUGUAUCAGAACAUCUUCACGGCCAUGCAGGCCAUGAUCAGAGCGAUGGACACGCUCAAGAUCCCAUACAAGUAUGAACACAAUAAGGCUCAUGCACAAUUGGUUCGAGAGGUUGAUGUGGAGAAGGUGUCUGCUUUUGAGAAUCCAUAUGUAGAUGCAAUAAAGAGCUUGUGGAAUGAUCCUGGAAUCCAGGAGUGCUACGACAGACGACGGGAAUAUCAGUUAUCUGACUCUACCAAAUACUAUCUGAAUGACUUGGACCGUGUAGCCGACCCUUCCUAUCUGCCUACACAACAAGACGUGCUUAGAGUUCGAGUCCCCACUACAGGGAUCAUCGAAUACCCCUUUGACUUACAAAGUGUCAUUUUCAGAAUGGUCGAUGUAGGGGGCCAAAGGUCAGAGAGAAGAAAAUGGAUACACUGCUUUGAAAAUGUCACCUCCAUCAUGUUUCUAGUAGCGCUUAGCGAAUAUGAUCAAGUUCUUGUGGAGUCAGACAAUGAGAACCGCAUGGAGGAGAGCAAAGCACUCUUUAGAACAAUUAUCACCUACCCCUGGUUCCAGAACUCCUCUGUGAUUCUGUUCUUAAACAAGAAAGAUCUUCUAGAGGAGAAAAUCAUGUAUUCCCACCUAGUCGACUACUUCCCAGAAUAUGAUGGACCCCAGAGAGAUGCCCAGGCAGCUCGAGAAUUCAUCCUGAAAAUGUUCGUGGACCUGAACCCCGACAGUGACAAAAUCAUCUACUCCCACUUCACGUGCGCCACAGAUACCGAGAACAUCCGCUUCGUCUUUGCAGCCGUCAAGGACACCAUCCUGCAGCUGAACCUGAAGGAGUACAAUCUGGUCUAACCGUGCCUCCCAGAAACCGUUCUUCCCUCCCCUGUGGGUUGUUGAAGAUAAACAAGAGGGACUGUAUUUCUGUGGAAAACAAUUUGCAUAAUACUAAUUUAUUGCCGUCCUGGACUCUGUGAGCGUGUCCACAGAGCUGUAGUAAAUAUUAUGAUUUUAUUUAAACUAUUCAGAGGAAACAGGAUGCUGAAGUACAGUCCCAGCACAUUUCCUCUUUUUUUUUUUUUAGGCAAACCUUGAUGUAUUUUAAAUUUUCAGUCAUUCACUCACAGUAUAAAAGCACUCCUGUCAUUCGUGUUCUCUCUCUCUCUCUCUCUCUCUCUCUCUCUCUCUCUCUCUCUCUCUCUCUCUCUCUCAUUCCUUUCCUUCUUCCUCCUCCCCUUUCCUUUUGACCAAAACGAAGCUGAUUUUUCUUCUUCCUGCUCCUUCCCUCCCUGCUGAUUUUAUUCUCCCUCACUACCAUGGCCUUGCCCCCAAUCCCAUUCUUGGCCAGUUUCCCCCAAUCCCAUUCUUGGGCAGUUUCUCCCAUCGAGUGACGUAGUCAGGACGGUGUUAUUCGACUGAAGCCGCCUUACGUCAGCUUCCUUUACCCGUGGGUCUGCUGAAGGCAGGAGCAUAGGUGUUCGUACUAUGGUUUUAAAUGGUUCUCUGGAUGCACAUCACAUCUAGCAUUUCUUUUUCAAUACAUACAUACAUACAUACAUACAUAUAUAUGUAUACUAUAUAUAUUGUCUUGUCUCACUUGCACUAGGACAGUGGGUACCCAUUGAUGAUCAAGAGUCGUAUCUUUUGGGUGCAGACCUUCAGCCACAGCAGGAUUGUUAAGAGAAAUGGAUGGAGGUCAGGGUGUGAGGGCACAGGCUGGGAAGAAGUCCUUGCUUCUCAAGGCCACGUACCGGCCGCGUCCUUCCACCCUUGCCCUUUAAACCACAGAUGCCAAAUGAUACGCCAACAGACACUACAUUCCCCAGCAGCUGCUGCCAGAGCCCUCUUGUAGCUUCUUUAUUUUCUGUUUCUUUCCAGCUUUCCUACCCUCCUAUCCCCCCUUGUGUUUGGGCCACAAUUUUGAAAUAAUUUUUAUUAUAGGUAUGUGCUGCCAAAGCCAGAUUUUUAUAAGGUAAAAUAAAUUAAGAAUUUAAACAGUAAAAGCCAGUGUCUCAAAAUGUCAGCAUUAAAAUGUGAAGGGGACAGCAGGGUGUGAACCGGAAACACACAUUGCCAAACAGUUGCCAACUGAACUGCUGCUUCUCAUGGUCCGUUCUUUUCUUUGCCCUUAAGGUCAAUGCCAGUGUCCAGACGAGCAGUGUAGAAAAGCUCCCUGUGUGGUUUGUCGUGAGGUCUGCUUGUAUCUCUUCACUGGCGUUAGUUUCAUUAGCUCUUUAUUCUCCUUACGUUCGAGUGAAUCUGCCAAGAACACUGGUGGAUAGUAUUAUCCUAACACUUUUGGUUUGGGGGCGGGGAGGGGGCAGGGAAUAGUGAGCUGGCUUUACCACCUUCAGGAUCUCGAAUUGGGCGCUUGAACCUAAGAAAGAUUGUGGACUUAUCAAAAGUCACCGCUCAGUGUUCCGUCAAGCAUGUAUUUAUGUGACGAUCAUACUAGGAGGGAUGUUUGGAAUUCUCCAUGUGCAAUUUGUCCGCAGAUGCAAACUGUGCCGAACGUGUGUGAGUGAGCCUGUCAAGCAGCCUGCAUCAGUGUGUGAUUUAAGUAGAUGGCGAGCGCUCUAAGGCUGCCGGGAAGUCAGACCUCGAUGCUGGUCUCAUUAGCGCUUGGCACUAAUCUCAACUCCAUAGACAUCACUUUUCUUGAAUAGCAAAGCUGGGAGAGUGACCAGCUCACUGUAUGAACACGGACAUUGCUGACUGGUAAUGAAGUGCUCUCAUGUGUUACUCUCCUGGCUCUUUCAUCCCUUGCUCUAGAAAGCCCCUGUAAUUUAAUUAACAGACUGCCUGUAGGUAUAGUGCAAUUAUGAAUGCUCUGAUCGUUGUACAUACAUCUCUCUUGAUAUUGCAACAUCCAUACUGGCUUUGUAAUCAUUAAUUUUUUGGCAGAUUGAAUGUGCUGUAUUGAUAUGUAUCUAUGUAAUUGUAUGUCUUAUAGCUAAUUCACAUUUUGAAUAAUGUUAUUUUAUUUACUUUUUUAAGAGAGGAGAAUGUAAAUUUGUCAGUUUAUUUCUGACUAGGGAUAUUUUUUUCCAUUUAGAAAAGAAGAAAAAAAAAAAAACCCUUACUAUUGUACAGAGCGGUACUAGCAUCGUGCUGUCUAAAAUCAUUUGCACAUUCCUGAGUAGAGGUGUGCUGACCUAAGACCCAAAGGUAAUUUCAUAGCAAACACACACCAUCCGUCAGAGCUUUUAUACAAACACGGAGACCAACUUUGUAGACCUUUUGCCAUUUGACCUGGGGUUGGAAUAUGAGCUUUUAUACGAUUCAUAUUCUUAUUUGGCAAAUGCACAGUUUAGCAUUACCUCUCUGGUGGCCUUUAUUAGAAAGGCAGUUUUAGAAGCUAUUUGUGAUCCACUAAGGAAAUGUUUUAUCAGCUAGAGACCACUGCUUGCCUGAAAGGGCAACCUUAAAUUUGGUGCAGCAAAAAACAAAAAAACAAAAAAAACAAAAACAAAAACAAAACAAACAAAACAAAAAAUAAAAACAAAAAAAUUUAAAAACACAAAAAGACAAAAAAGAAGAAAAAAGUAACAUUUGAUGGCCUGCAGUGUAUAGAGAAAACCUCAUCCCAGGAUCAUAAGUGUUAACCGUCCUAAGGAAGCGAGCUGUUCUGUCUAAUAGAGCUGUAGUGGAUGGAGCUGAGCCGUGCUGAUACCAAGCUCAGAGCUGCUGAGUAAGGCAGGGAGAGGUGGCCACGUUGUCUUUAUGAAUUGAGGGUGCAGCUUGCUGCUGCACAGAGUUGAAGUCUGGCCUCACUGCACAUCCUGGGGUGCAUGACAGAGUCCCUUCUUCUGAGAAGGGAAAACAUUGAUCACCCUAGCUGCAGUGGUGCCUGCACACCUUACUCUAUCCACACUAGUCAAUGAAGCUAAAACUAAUUUUGUUGUUGUUUCUCGUUUGGGGUUUUAUUGAAGGGGUGAGGGGCGGGAAGGGCUUCUUAGUUUUGUACAAAAACAAAGUUUACUCAUAUGCUUUCUCUUCUAUUGUGAUUGCAAGUGUUCCUGUUGUCGAUGCUCUAGGUAAUGGAGGCUUGUGAUGAGCGUUAUGGUGACUUGGGCAUGUCUUAUUCAGAAGCAAAACACAGACCACAGAAACCUUUCCUCAGCAUACCAAGGCAAGCAGCCAUCUCAUGAGUCACUCAGCACAUGAGUGUGCCGUUUACAGAUGAUGUCGCCCUUUUGUGUGUGAUACGGCAGUUCCCACCCACAGAGAAUUCCUAUUUGUAAAUUGGAGGUUUAUACUAUGCCUUACAGAGCUUAAAUUCAGAAGUCUGUGCCUCAUGUCUGAAACAAAGGGAAAACACACGCCCAUGCAGAAGUCAGUUAAGUCUUACAGAGCCUGUUGGGUUUUCCUUAUCGUUUCCUUAGGAAGAGCUCUGUUGAAUGUCCUGAGUAGCUGGGAAAUUCUUCUUAGGAGCCUGCGUAUAUUGUUUACUGGCAGGUGGCAUCCACGGCGAUAUUUAAAGAACACCUGGAACUUGGGGGCUUGGGGGCUUUGUUUUGUUUUGUUUUUGUUUAGAUUACAUUAGCAGGCCUAAUCAUUUUAAAGGGUAAUUCAGCCAAAGGGCAAUUUACUUUUUGUACUUCAGACUUCUAUUGAUUGUCAAGUUGUACGAAUUGUAAUUUAAAAAUUUAUACUGCCACAUGAUUGUAAAUUUUAGUUGUCUUAAGUAGGAAUUGGUGAAAAGCUGUUUAUGCUGGAUUUGGGUCAAAAUGACUUGAUUAUUUGCAAAAAAUAAAACUAAUAAUGGGAAGAAAGGGCUGCAUAACAAGACACCGCAAGACUCAGAUUCCCUCAGAUGACCCCAGCGCCCCUUUGUUCUCAGUUUCUCAAAAGAACGAAUGAAGUGAAACAUAGCAGAAUGUUAACCCAUAUAAAAUAAAGUGUACCCAAAUAUUGUAAUGUAUAUCGCUGCUCUUCUUAAAAUUACGUAAGGCUUUCAAGCCACUCACAUGGUAACUAACAGCAUCUCGAUUGAUACAACUAAGGUGUACUUGGACAUACUUUAAUAUUUGAUUCAAAAGAGAAACCUUUGGUUAGAAACACAUACAAAAGUGGAAGCUAAUAAUGUGUGUUUAUCUGUCUCCGCACUCUUCCAAUAUAGGCAGCAUUCCUAGAUGUCCUGGCACUUGUGUCUUUGAGAUCCCAUUGUGGUUCUCUCGACAGGAGAAACGAAUGCUUACUUCUGUGUGAUUAGGCCAACGUUUGGGAAGCCGGGCACCUGCCAUCCCACAGAUAACCUGCUGGACGUCCACACUCUGUUCUUCUCGCAGUUGUCCUGUUUGCCACCAUCCCCCCCGCUUCCGCCACCCUGCAGUAGCGUUCUUGCCUCUAGAGUCACCUGUCCAGAGUAUGCAUGCACACCUGAUGCACAGUAGGUGCUCAGAUACGUCCUCCCCACUCUCAUAUCUACUAUGGAGACACCCAUCACGCCAUACAGUUUAAACCCAAAGUUGAAUAACAUUUUCGUGUUACAAAACCAGACACGAGGUAAAAUUGGAUCUUACUUAGAUAAAGGAAUUCUGUCUUUCAUGGAAGCUCUGGCAGCCAGGAAGAGAACGCAGGGAAAUAGAUCAUUCAGCAAGCCGUUUGUAGGAUUAGAAAAGAAAGUGGAAAAAAAACACUAUGUAAGUUUGUAGAGGUCACUCUCAUUGAAACACGUUUCUGGCGGAUUUCCUCAAAGGAUUCUAACAGAAGCCUCUUGCCAGGCUCUGCAUCCACCCUCAUGUUGGAAGCCCUGACUAGAUCUGUGUACUUAGGGAGUUUUGUCAAAAACAUUUUUAACUUGCAGUAUUUAAAAAAAAAUCAUAUUUACUGUUCUUAAAAUGUCAUUCAAAUGCAUGUAUUGUCUAUUGUUUGGGGAUGGGAACUAGUUUUUCAAAAAAAAAAAAAAACACACCUAAUGUUGUAUAAUAAUGCCCCUAUGAUCUUACUGGUUAAAAAUACAGUAUUUUCAGCCAUAA